GGAAGGAGGCGAAGGGGAGUGAGAGCCGCAUUUCCAGUUCCCAACUCCGAGCCCCGAGUUUGUAGAUGGGGCUGCUUGGUGGCGCCUGCGGCUGACGGAGAGCAGCAGCGGCGGGUGGAGGGGAGCGGAGCGGCGGCGGCGGCGCGGAGGCGGCCGAGGUGCGAGCCGCAAUGCAGCAAGUGUUGGAUAACCUUACGGAGCUGCCCUCCUCUACGGGAGCAGAAGAAAUAGACCUAAUUUUCCUCAAGGGGAUUAUGGAGAAUCCUAUUGUAAAAUCACUUGCUAAGGCUCAUGAGAGGCUGGAGGAUUCAAAACUAGAAGCUGUCAGUGACAAUAACUUGGAAUUAGUCAAUGAAAUUCUUGAAGAUAUUACUCCUCUGGUCAAUGUGGAUGAAAAUGUAGCAGAACUGGUUGGUAUACUCAAAGAGCCUCACUUCCAGUCACUCUUGGAGGCCCAUGAUAUUGUGGCGUCAAAGUGUUAUGAUUCACCUCCAUCAAGCCCAGAAAUGAAUAAUUCUGUCAAUAAUCAGUUAUUACCAGUAGAUGCCAUUCGUAUUCUUGGUAUUCACAAAAGAGCUGGGGAACCAUUGGGUGUAACAUUUAGGGUUGAAAAUAAUGACCUGGUAAUUGCCCGAAUCCUUCAUGGAGGCAUGAUAGAUCGACAGGGUCUCCUUCAUGUGGGCGAUAUCAUAAAAGAAGUCAAUGGCCAUGAGGUUGGAAACAAUCCAAAGGAGUUACAAGAAUUACUGAAAAAUAUUAGUGGAAGUGUCACCCUGAAAAUUUUACCAAGCUAUAGAGAUACCAUUACUCCUCAACAGGUAUUUGUGAAAUGUCAUUUUGAUUAUAAUCCAUACAAUGAUAACCUAAUACCCUGCAAAGAAGCAGGAUUGAAAUUUUCAAAAGGAGAAAUUCUUCAGAUCGUAAACAGAGAAGAUCCAAACUGGUGGCAGGCUAGCCAUGUAAAAGAGGGAGGAAGCGCUGGUCUCAUUCCAAGCCAGUUCCUGGAAGAGAAGAGAAAGGCAUUUGUUAGAAGAGACUGGGACAGUUCAGGACCUUUUUGUGGAACCAUAAGUAGCAAAAAAAAGAAAAAGAUGAUGUACCUUACAACCAGAAAUGCAGAAUUUGAUCGUCAUGAAAUCCAGAUCUAUGAGGAGGUAGCCAAAAUGCCUCCCUUCCAAAGAAAGACCUUAGUAUUAAUAGGAGCUCAAGGUGUGGGACGAAGAAGCUUGAAAAACAGGUUCAUAGUAUUGAAUCCUACUAGAUUUGGAACUACAGUGCCAUUUACUUCACGGAAACCAAGGGAAGAUGAAAAAGAUGGUCAGGCAUAUAAAUUCGUGUCACGUUCUGAGAUGGAAGCAGAUAUUAAAGCUGGAAAAUAUCUGGAACAUGGGGAAUAUGAAGGAAAUCUCUAUGGAACCAAGAUUGAUUCUAUUCUUGAGGUUGUACAAACUGGACGAACUUGCAUUUUGGAUGUCAACCCACAGGCCCUGAAAGUACUGAGGACAUCUGAGUUCAUGCCCUAUGUUGUGUUCAUUGCUGCUCCAGAACUAGAGACAUUACGCGCCAUGCACAAAGCUGUGGUGGAUGCUGGCAUCACUACCAAGCUUUUGACGGACUCUGACUUGAAGAAAACAGUGGAUGAAAGUGCACGAAUUCAAAGAGCAUACAACCACUAUUUUGAUUUGAUUAUCGUAAACGACAAUCUAGACAAAGCCUUUGAGAAACUACAAACUGCCAUAGAGAAACUGAGAAUGGAGCCCCAGUGGGUUCCCAUCAGCUGGGUCUACUGAUGAGUCAAUAAGGUUCACAAUUAAAAUACAACUUUUAGAAAGUGACUACAACAAUUAAACCUUCUACUGAGAAAAUAAGUGCACAGAUAGAAGAUACCUGCCGAGUCCAGGCAUUUUUACUGUGUAGAUUGAAAUACCAGUACACUAUUCUGAAUUUUUAUAGCAAAUGUGGUUGGGAAGGUGUACUAAUUAUAUAAUUUAUCUUAAUUUUUCUAACUUUUUAUGAACAAUCUAUUCAUAUCACAUAAAGAAAUGCGUUGAAGCAUUUUGUAUGUUUUGAUUUAGUACCCUUGCCUUUUUCAUCAGAGGAAUUUUCAACUCAUUCAAACAUUGGUCUCACAUUUUCACUGUGAUGAUAAAUACUUGAAAUAGUUUUGUAAAAUUGUCAUUUAGUUCAGUAUUUAACUAGUGAAGGGAGAAAAUAGUUAUUGGCCUUCUUUCCUAAUGUAAUUUCUUACAGAAGCAGAACUUUAAUGUGAGUGCUACAGCAAGUCUUUUACCAUCCAAAUCCGACAUCAAAAGUCUGCUCAGUGCUAUGUAGUUUUGUUAUUUCAGAGAUGUAUGGCUAUCCGUUCUGAGUUAAACGGAUAUUGGUAUUUUUCCCCUUCAUUUCUAACUUGAGUGAAAAAAUGAAGAGCAAUACCUUGCACUCUCAUUUGUUUCAAAGACAGGCUAGUAUUAAGUUAACAUGCACACAGCAAGCAGGGCCAGGCUGGCUCAGAGAGUGCCUUCUGUAAAACCGUAUAGCAAAACGACACUUACAGUUGACUUAUUUUCACAGCGAAAAAUUUAACUGGUAAAAAUGAACCUACUUCUUUAGGCGGUUUUUUAUUAGGAUAUGGUCAGCAACUGUGUCAUGCCUCUGCAUAUUUCUGUGAUGCUUAAAAAUGCCUCUUAAGUUUCCAGUUUUUGGGUUGGGGGGGCGUGGUAAACAAUCAGUGUACUUUUUGAAGUAUGAUGUGAUCAUUAAGGUAUUCGUUAGAUUCAUUGUGCUGAGAACCCAAUCCACUGAAUGAUUUUUAAAAUUUGGAAGUAACUGUCAGCUGUUUCAUCUAUAUAUAACAUGCAUUAUAUAAUAUGUACAUUGUAUGUAUUAUAUAAUAUAUAUUAAAUCAUAUUGUGGGGUUUUUUCCCUUACGUUUCUGUAGGGAAAUGCACUUUUUUGUUUAAAGAUUAGGAAAGCAGUUCUCUACAUGAAUUAACAGGUACAGAUUUUCAAAGUUCACCUCAGUUAAUAGUUUCCUUUAGGAUUCUUGGAUGGUAUAAAUUCUUGCUAAAAUGCACUUAGAUGCAGCUCAGCAUUAAACUAAGGCAGCCGCGUCUUAUAUUGCUGCUGGAGCUUUCCCCAUAAACGGCACCCACCCCUGGAGCGCUGGGCGCUGAGAUGUUGGAGUGGUCUUUGCCAGGUGGCGGGUGCCGGGCGCCAGGUCUGUCCCCCUCCGCAGAGCUGGCGCCCGGGCUGCCAGCGGCUGCCAGUGGGGAGGAAGCGCACUUUGUUCUGAGUCUUUUUCGCCAUGAAACAAAACUCUCAGGCUGCUGUAUUGUUAAGACUGAAAGUCCAUAGGUAUUUUUUAAUUCCAGAAUUUCAUAUCCAGAACACAAAUUCACAUUCUUUGUCCUAGGAUAGGAAAUUGGUGGCAAAAUGGAUCACACCCUUUUAAUAAUUUCGGUAACUUUUAAACCUCAUGUAUUUACACCACAAUAUUGGCUUCCCAGAGUAACAAGAAUCAAAGCACAGUGCUGAGGUGAUGUCCUGUGACUUAGUAUUUCAACACACUGUAUAUUUUAAGAGAAAUUUCAUUUCCACAUUCUCUGGUGUGCCUUCCUCUUGGAACAACUUUGGGAUUCUUGUAGCAGGACAAACAGUUUAUCCACAAAUCAUUUCAACCAUCUUGGUAAAUAGAGGUGAUUUUAUAUCAUAUAUAUUUUUAGCUUUAUCAUAUGGCUUAAAAAUGCAUAUUAUUUAGAAAACAGUCAAUACAUAAAGGAGUUAUUUCUAUUAUAAAUGGUACUUAUCACUAACUACUUAGUUAAUACAUACUAGAUCCCUCUUAAUAUGAAAUAAAAUGAUGUAGUUAUGUUCAUUUCAGCCUAGAUGCCAGAAUUGAAGAAAAUAGAUUUAGGGAAGUUCAUUGUAUCUCAAUAAAUAAGUCAUUGAAUUUGAAGCUCUCAUCCCAUCUGCGUCUUCAGGAACCAGCAGAGCACGGCUGGGCAAGGAGUCCCAGCGGCCCCAGGGUCCUUCCGCAGCAGUGAGAACGUAGUUGUGAUCAAGGGCUUCUCUUGUGGGAAAGGGCUAAGAUAAUUAGCUUUACUGAAGAGAACAUGACUUAAGUGAUGUUUAACAAUGGGUAAUAGUUAAAAUACCCACGCACAUGCUUUUGCUUUUGGGAAACAUCAUGUGCCAUUCCUGUGGGCAGGUGAGUAUCUGCAUUCAGCAUUCAAGGCAUGACUAUUUAUGAACAACUAAAUAUAUAUGUAUAUUUUUUUUGAAAGGUACAAAUACCCAGAGGUGAUAUCUCUGGGUAAAUAAUUUAACCUUAAUUAGUGGAAUACAAGGUCUGUCCAGAAAAAGUCCAGCCAUUGUUAACAUAAUGAGAGCAGUUUGCGCAACGUCCAUGUAACCUGGCAGCCAAGGAAGGUGGACUGGAAUGCACAUGCGUAAACAAUGACAGCUUCACCGGACUAGUCAGUGGGGGUGGUAGACGCUCUUGAGUGAGCAUGUGUACUGUGUGGCCACCACAUUCAAAAUGAGCACGUAGAGCAAUGAGUCUGCAUCAAAUUUUGCAUUAGGCUUAAACAUUCCUCCACAGAAACUAUUUGGAUGAUUCAGAAGCCUGCAGCUAUGGGCAACUGGUGAUUGGCAGCUUCAACAUGACAAUGUGCCCACUCACAUAUCUCGUACAGAGAUUUUUGGUGAAAUAUCAAAUCACCGGGGUAACUUAGCCCCCUUACAGCCCAGAUUUGGUGCCCUGCGACUUCUGGCUUUUCCCAAAACUAAAAUCACCUUUGAAAGGGGAAGAGAUUUUAGACCAUGGAUGAGAUUCAGGAAAAUACGAUGGGGCAGCUGAUGGUGAGUGGGAGACCUGUGUGAGGUCCUAAGGGACCUACUUUGAAGGGGACUGAGGCAUCAUUGUCCUGUGUGCAAGGUUUCUUGUGUCUUGUAUCUUCCUCAGUGAAUGUCUCUCUUUUUCAUAGUCCAUGGCUGGAUACCUUCUGGACAGACCUCAUGUAUGUGACAUGCUGUAAGUGGAAUAUCUGCUUUAUUACAGCCAUGCCUGGUUUUGCAGUCUCUGUGUCUAUUUGAUGCCUGGGAAUAUCAAAUAUCUAAUACAUCAAGACUUGAUUUAUUUUUGCCAACUUUAUACAAUUGCUGAGCAUAGCUUAUGAAAAAAUCAUCAUAAACCCAGAGUGACUAGAGCCAUAGUAACCUGAACCCCAGAUUCAAAACUAGUAAAACUCAUUUAUAAUUGCUUAUAAGGACAAGUUUUCCUUCAAAGAGAAAAUUGAUUAUUAGUACAAAUUUAGGAAAUGUAAACUAGCAAUAAAAUACAAUAAUGUGGCAUUAUAGAUGAUGGCCAGAUACAAGAUGCUUUGACCAUAAUAUCCCAAUAAUGAAAGGUGAUCUUUACUUUAAAAAUUUAUUAAAUUGGUGUUUGUUUUUAUAUACAGCAAGUGUCAUGAUCAUGACUGGGGUUGAUUUUCAACAUGGGUAGCCAUGGAGUUAGGUGCAAUUAUUUUGAAUUGGUAAACAUUAAACAUCAAAGUUUGAAAACUGGUCAAAAUAAUGAUCUGCUUACAUUGUGCUUUUACAACUUCUGAAAUGACACUCCAAUUUCCAGAAAUCACAGGCAAAUAAGCCAAUACUUUUGUAGUAAUGAACCUUUAUACUAACUAUGGAAAAAGCAAUCCUGAAAUUUUAUGUAUAUAGACAGCAAGUCAUUUUCUAAAUGUUUGAGUCACCAUGUAUAUAAUAUAUAUAUAAAGCUAUGUGUAUAAUAUGUAAAAUUCUUCCAAAAUACAUGAAUAAUAAAGCUAAAUAUAUUCACCCAUGUAAUUAUAACUAGUGUUCUUAAAUUCAUUUUUACUUUUCAAAUG